AUGAAUGUAGCUUUUGUGUUUUCAAAAGGUUUCAUUACCCUCACGUUCUGCGCCCCUCAGUAUGUCUUUGUGAAUGAAUCCAAGACUUGGGCACAAGCUCAGAGAUACUGUAGAGAUAAAUACACUGAUCUGGCCACCAUUGAAAAUGUACAACAGACUGUUCAGUUAUUGGACACAGUGAAUGAUGAUUCUAUUGAUUUGGCCUGGAUUGGACUCUAUGAUGAUCUGAACAGCUGGGAAUGGACUCUAGAGGACAGUGAUUUCUUCAAGGUGGGAGAGAAAGAAUUCAGGAACUGGAAUGACCCAGGACCAGGCAAUUCUGCAGCACAAAGUCUGUGUGUGUAUAUGUACAGGGGGAUAUGGAAUACAGCAGUUUGCACUGGUUCAUAUUAUCCUGUUGUCUGCUAUGAUGAAAGAGAAAAUGCCAGUGCUACUUAUGUUUUCAUUCCCCAGUCCCAAACCUGGACUGAAGCUCAGAGGUAUUGCAGAGAACAUCACACAGACCUCGUCAGUAUCAGGAAUGAGAUUGAAAACCAGAAGAUCCAGUCCAUUACAGUUAAUAACAAUGCUUGGAUUGGACUGUACAAAACCAGAACUUGGUCAGAUCGGAGCAACUCUUCAUUUAGUUACUGGAGCACAUGGCAACCAGAUACUGUAGGAUCCUGUACUGUAGUCUCAUUCAGUGACUCUGGGAAAUGGACUGAUGAAAACUGCAAUUAUGCAUUUCCUUUCAUUUGCUACAGUGGUAAGUAUACAUCAACAUCCCAUCAGUAUCACUUUGUGUCUGAGUCUAAGACCUGGACUGAAGCUCAGAGAUACUGCAGACAGAAUUACACUGAUCUGGCCACCAUUGAUAACAUGGAGGAAAUGAACAGACUGAUUAACACAGUUAAUGGGAGUUACAGCGGCUCAGCCUGGAUUGGACUGUAUGAUGAUGUGAACAGCUGGAGAUGGUCAUUAGAGGACAAUGAUUUCUAUCAGGAAGGAGAGAGAGAUUUCAGGAACUGGUAUCAUGAACCGAACAAUGAUGGGGGGAAGCAACUGUGUGUUUACAUGGAUUAUUAUGGCAAAUGGUAUGAUUUGUCAUGUGACAACACGUUGCCAUUUGUUUGCUAUGAUGGUAGAGCGAAUGCCACACAGAAUUACAUCAGAAUCAUUGAUGGGAAAACCUGGUCAGAGGCUCGUAGAUACUGCAGAGAUCAUUACACAGAUCUCGUCAAUGUGAGAAAUCAGACUGAGAACCAGAGAAUCCUUGAGAGAGCAGGUGGACAAGUCUGGAUCGGACUGUACAGAAACAGAACUUGGUCUAACCAUCAGAUUACCAGUUAUGAAAACUGGAGACCAUAUAUUCGUGAUUCUGGGAUGCAACCAGAUAAUGGUGAAGAUUACAUUUCUACUUCACUUGUGGCAGAAACUGGUUUUCAGCAUUGUACUGCUGUUUCAUUCGGACAUUCAGGUCAAUGGACAGAUGAGAACUGCCUAUACAAAAUACCUUUCUUCUGCUACAACAGAACCUGUAUACAAUCGUCAUGCACCCGCCAGUAUCACUUCGUGAAUGAAUCCAAGACCUGGACUGAAGCUCAGAGAUACUGCAGACAGAAUUACACUGAUCUGGCCACCAUUGAUAACAUGGAGGAAAUGAAGAGGCUCUUUAAAACAGUACGUGGGACAUACUAUGGCAAAGCUUGGAUUGGACUGUAUGAUGAUCUGAACAGCUGGAAAUGGUCUCUGGACAAUACAACAUUAAUAGGGGAGUUUAAAAGCUGGUAUGUCCUGCGACAAAGAAACUGGCUUGGACAGAGUCUCUGUGUGUACUUGUCAUAUUAUCGGGGAACAUGGAGUGAAGGCUUUUGCCUGCAAAAACGUCCAUUUGUUUGCUAUGAUGCGAAUGCUAGUACAAGUUAUGUGUUUAUUGACCAGUACAAAACCUGGACUGAAGCUCAGAGUUACUGCAGAGAACAUCACACAGACCUCGUCAGCAUCAGGAAUGAGACUGAAAACUUCAAAGUUCGGUUAUUACUUUCAUAUUAUUCAAUUGUUUGGAUUGGACUGUACAGAACCAGAUCUUGGUCAGAUCAGAGCAACUCUUCAUUCAGUAACUGGAGGACAGGACAGCCAGAUAAUGCUGGAAACAGUGAAUACUGCACUGCAGUGUCAUUCAGUGACUCUGGGAGCUGGACAGAUGAAAACUGUAAUACUGCAUUACCUUUCAUUUGCUACAAUGCUUUAGCAUCAUCCCGCCAGUAUCACUUUGUGAAUGAGAAUAAGACCUGGACUGAAGCUCAGAGAUACUGCAGACAGAAUUACACUGAUCUGGCCACCAUUGAUAACAUGGAGGAAAUGAACAGUCUGAUCAACACAGUUAAUGGGAGUUACAAUGGUUCAGCCUGGAUUGGACAGUAUGAUGAUGUGAACAGCUGGAGAUGGUCAUUGGAAGACAAUGAUUUCUAUCAGGAAGGAGAGAGAGAUUUCAGGAACUGGUAUCAGGAACCAAACAAUGCUGGGGGGAAUGAACUGUGUGUUAUCAUGCAACGUAGUGGAAACUGGUUUGAUGUGCCAUGUGACAGAUAUUACGCAUUUGUUUGCUAUAAUGAAAACUCUCAGAGGUUUGUUCUGGUAAGUGAGACUAAGACUUGGACUGAAGCUCAGAGCUACUGCAGAGAGAGAAACACAAACCUGGCCAGUGUGAGAAAUGAGACAGAGCGUCAGCAGAUACUGAGUGUUACAGGUUAUGGAGAUUUUGGUUAUGAAGUGUGGAUUGGUCUGCACAGAAACAGACUGUGGUCAGAUCAGAGCAACUCUUCCUUCACAUAUUGGCAGCCAUGGACUCAACAAAUUGAUCCACAACCAGAUAAUGGUUUAAGUAUCCCAGGACAGCUGGGAGCUCAACACUGCACAGCUGUGUCUUUAAAAUACUUUGGCCUUUGGACAGAUGAAAGAUGCUUUGACAGUUUGCCUUUCUUCUGUUACAGUGUGACGGGACUGAGAGUGAAAGUUUCAAGUGUAGAAAAUUUGUCUCAGUCUCAGAUUGAAGAGCUGGUGAUUAUACAGACAGGACUGAAUAACAUAUCAGCACAUGAUAGGUUUGUCAUAAAGCUCAUAUACUUUCAGAUACAAGAGGAGCUGAUCAGACUCGGACUUUCCAGCAACAUCACCAUGCAUUUGAGAGACUAUCAGAAGAUCAAUCCCUGACGAAGAAAGACAGUAGCAUUUUCUGAUACAGGUUUUGGGCUCAAUACAUGAAAUCAUCUUUAUUUAUAUAGCGCUAUAUACAAUACAGAUUGUUUCAGUGUAAGUACAGUAUGAACAUAAAUUUAUACUUUAACCUCUUUCAUUUAAAAUUAAUCUAAUUUUUUGUCAAUA